AGCAGGGGCUGUUUAACUCCAUCCACAGUCAAACAAGCCGCCCCCCAGAGUCCGCCUGUGAGGAUGUGGCUGUACCUGGCCGCCCUGCUGGGGCUGUACUUCCUGCGCCGAUGGUACCGGGAGCGGCAGAGUGUCGAGGGCCUCCCGGAGAAAUACGUCCUGAUCACCGGCUGCGACUCCGGCUUCGGGAACCUGCUGGCCAAGCAGCUGGACACGCGGGGCCUGCGGGUGCUGGCGGCUUGUCUCACCGAGCAGGGCGCGAAGCAGCUGAGGAAGGCGACGUCGGAGCGGCUGCAGACGGUGAUCCUGGACGUCACCCGCACCGACAGCAUCGCCGCGGCCACCGCCUGGGUGAAGGAACGAGUGGGGGACAAAGGGCUCUGGGGCCUGGUGAACAAUGCGGGGAUCGCAGUCCCCACGGCCCCGAACGAGUGGUUGACCAAGGACGACUUCGUCAAGGUGCUGGAUGUGAACCUGAUCGGCCUGAUCGAGGUGACCCUCAGCUUCCUGCCCCUGGUGAAGCGAGCCAGGGGCCGGGUCGUCAACGUGGCCAGCACGAUGGGGCGCGUGGCCACGAUUGGAGGGGGCUAUUGCCUGUCCAAGUACGGGGUGGAGGCGUUCUCUGACAGUCUCCGGCGGGAGCUCCUCCCUUUUGGGGUCAAGGUCUGCAUCAUAGAGCCGGGCGCCUUCAUGACGCAGAUCAUAAAUACCCAGCUCUUGCAAAACAUGGUGAAGGAGGUGUGGGGCCGGGUCCCCUCCGAGAUCAAAGAGUCGUACGGACAGCGCUACUUCGACGCCUAUUACGAGCGAUCCCCACAGCAUGCAGCCACUGCCAGCCCCAACCUCUUCCUGGUCACCGACUGUAUGGAGCAUGCGCUGACGGCCCGCCACCCCCGCACCCGCUACUCCGGGGGCUGGGACGCCAAGCUGUAUUUCAUCCCGGUCUCCUACUUGCCAGCCUGGUGCCAAGACUUCCUGCUGACUCUCCGGCAGCCCAAACCAGCCCAUGGCAUCUAG